AAAAAAAAUUCAUCUUUUAAUUCAUUAUUGGUUUAUUUUAUUAUUAUUUUCUUCUCUAUACAAGCUCAUAUCCAGCUCCAACUCUAUCACAACUCAUCACCAUCUUCACAAUAAGAUUCGGCAAACCGAUUGCGAUUCUCAUAGAGUUUUGUGUUCUUCCAGAGACACCCAAUUGGAGAAUAAGGACGUCUUUGUUACAAUCAAAAGUGGAUAUAUUUUGAGCUCCGUUUAUUCUGAAUGUUGCGAUUUGAUCUUGUCUCUAGUAAUUCAGGAAAUGGUUAAAAGGUAUGGAGUGUUUUGAUUUGCUGAAAAUAUCAUGUGGCAGUGCGUAGAGGGAAUCAAGCAUGCAUUUGCUUCCUUGCUCCAGUGUUGUGAUCUAGAUUUGUACAAACAAUCAAGAGGCCUUGAAGAUCCUGCAAUUCUUGCGAGAGAGACAGUGUUCAGUGUGAGUGAGAUAGAGGCACUUUAUGAACUUUUUAAAAAGAUCAGUAGCGCUGUCAUCGAUGACGGCCUGAUAAAUAAGGAGGAGUUUCAAUUGGCAUUAUUCAAGACAAACAAAAAAGAAAGCUUGUUCGCAGACAGGGUAUUCGACUUGUUUGAUACAAAGCACAAUGGGAUAUUAGGUUUCGAGGAGUUUGCUCGUGCUCUCUCUGUUUUUCAUCCGAACGCUCCCAUCGAUGACAAAAUUGAAUUUUCUUUCCAACUUUACGAUCUCAAGCAGCAAGGUUUCAUUGAGAGACAGGAGGUGAAGCAAAUGGUAGUGGCUACCCUGGCUGAAUCUGGAAUGAACCUUUCCGAUGAUGUUAUAGAAAGUAUUAUUGACAAGACCUUUGAGGAAGCUGACACAAAACAUGAUGGGAAGAUUGAUAAGGAAGAGUGGAGAAGCCUUGUGCUGCGGCAUCCAUCCCUUUUGAAGAAUAUGACCCUUCAAUACCUCAAGGACAUUACGACAACAUUCCCAAGCUUUGUGUUUCAUUCACAAGUCGAAGAUACUUGAACUCAUAAGAUUUUGGCUUAAAGCUUUCAUGUCCAUAUUGUUUAUGGUUGCUUUGAUAGACACCGUGGCCCUCUCAUAUGUGAAGGGCCGCCCAAGCCAGAGGCUCGACAUCUUUUGGUUAUUUGUCAUGAUAUUAAUGGUUAUUUGUUCAUGUUUUGCACUUGUUA